AUGCCAUCUAGACACCUGGCGACGUUCCACAAAAGCUCUGGUGCGGCGCCGCGCCGCUGCCCGCUCUGCGCCGCGUCGUUCCGCGCGGUGGACAACCUACAGCGCCAUCUGGUCAGCCGCCACGCCAACUGGAAGCGCUGGGUGUGCUCGCUCUGCGGCCACCAGUACAACCACAGCGUGGACCUGAAGCGACAUCUGAAGCGGAAGCACGGCGUCCAGCUGGCUCCCAUCACUGGCCGCGGCAAAAAGGACAUCCUGGAUCGGCGCCAGAAGCUGCGACGCCUGCUCGACAUGGUAGCCACGGAGCGGUACGACGCCGAGCUGCUCGAGUUCUUCCGGCGGCUGCCAUUGGCACGGCCGGGCAUCAAGCAGGGCCAGCCGCCGCCGCCGGUACCGAUGCCGGUGCCGUUGCCGCGGGCCGUACGGCUGGUGCCGCCUGGGCUCAAGGUGCCCAUCGCGCCGCUGCGGACGGACGCCGACGAGCGAACGCCCAGCUCUGGGGAAGAUCUGGGCGAGGGCUGCGCGGUUGGUGCAACGCCGGGCGGAGCUGGAGGCGGGUCGACUCUUUGCGCGGAGGGAGACGCGGCCCUGCGGCUGGGCGGCGGCCCGCUGGCCUGUCGGGGCGAAGAUCCGCCGGUGUGGCCGAGGUCGGACCGGCGGUCGUCCUCGGAGGACCGCUCCGAGGACGACCGAACGGUCACCGCAGAAGUAGACGCCUCUGUCCGGUUGAAGGGGGGUCCGUCGGUGCGCCGCAGAGCAAGCGCAGCUGUCCAGCCGUGGGGCGGGUCAGCGUUCCGCCUGGAGAACGCGGCGACAGCCCUGCCGCCCCGUUCCGAGGACGACCCCGCCUCGCCGGUCGGCGUCGAGGAGCACGCGGAGGCCCGCCCUGCCGAAGGGCCGUCAGGUGGCGCGGCGGCCGGACCGGCACCACCCUCCCGGAAGAGACGCCAGCCCGGCUCGGACGGCGCUCGGCCCGGCCCCAGACGCAGCUGGUCGGCGCCGGCGAGCGGCUGGGCCGGCGGCCGCGGCAAGGUGCUUCAGCCGCGCGUGCUGACCCGUCUCAACGCGCAGACGACGCCCAAGACUGUCUCCCUGCUGGAGGUGGCCAUCGCCGCCAGGAGUAAAGAGGAUAAGGCGCAGUCUCGUUUCCCGUGCUGCACGUGCCGCAAAGUACUGCCGUCCAAGGGCAACCUGCGCUGCCACCUGGUCUCCCACACCGGCGAGACGCCCUUCCACUGCUCGGCCUGCUCGGCCACCUUCAGGUACUACACAAACGCCAAGGGUCACCUGCGCCGACACACGGCGGCGCGCGCCGUCUGCGACGUGUGCUCGCGCUCCUUCCUGCUGCCGAUGGACCUGCGCCGGCACCAGCGCACGCACCGCUCCCAGGCCAGGCUUUCCUGCCCGGAGUGCCCGUCCCAGUUCAGCCGGGCGGACAACUUGACCCGUCACCGCCGACAGAACCACGGCGGGGGUGCGUCCACGCACGCCUGUCCCACCUGUCACAGCAGCUUCAAAACGGCCGCCUGGCUCCGGCAGCAUCUGAAGAUACACACCGCCGCCAGGGACGAGGUGUGCGAGGUGUGCGGACAACGGUUCGCGCUGCGUGCUUACCUCGAGCGGCACAUGAAGUCGCACGGCCAGCAGCGCGUCUACUGCGGCGUCUGCCCCCGCCGCUUCAUCAACCUCAAGAACUUGAUGGUGCAUCGAGAGACCUUCCACCGGAACCCGGCGCCGCUCUCUGCCGAGGAGACGCGCCUGGCGACGACGCCGCGGCCCGAGAGAGCAGCCGUCCAGUACUAG